CCCCUUCCUUCCAAUGUUGCAUGUAAUCAUGUUCAUGUAUUUGGUCGCGGUCAAACCUGCAGGUAUAUGAAAAAAUGUAAAGCAAGUGAAAGAAAUAUAGGGUUAGAACGUUGAAAAAUUCUCGACCAUGGCAUGGAUGACAUCACAUCAAAGUCAGAGUUUAAGGAGCCGAAUGUGACCACUUGGCCCCUCGUAGAGAAGUGGGCAUUUGGAUACAACUACUACAAGGGUGUCCUCCUCCGCAUGUGAAAUGGAGUUUGCAAGGGACCCAAAUUCCCCUAAUGUGAUGAAAGCUUUGGACUCUCGGAAUAGAGGGCGCCUGUCAUUGCCAGGGGCCUUCUUGGCAUUUGGACUACAUACAUAUCACCUAAUAACAUGCCCAUGCCCAUGCCCCACUCCUUCCUUGUUCCUGCUGCUCUCCUCCCCUCUUCCUCCUCCUCCUCCUGGGAUUUUUAGCCCUCCGCUAUUUGUGCCAAAUCCUUGGCCAGCCUAAAUCAUGUGAUAAGCCUUUGACUGCAUCAUCACGGAACUAGCCCUUUACAGCGUUUGAAGGAUUGGCAUGCAUUCAGUCACAUUGGCAUUUGUACUAUUCACAUGUUUUUUCAAUACCCAUUAGAAAAAGAAUUCCUCAAUACCCCACCGUGUAAACCAACCUUGGCUGGUUUCUUUUGGGAGCUUGGAUUUCUAUUCAUCUUUCUGCUGCAGAUUGAUUGGAUGACUGAAGUUCUCAAAUUUGGUUUCAUGGAGGACAAAGGAUUUGUGGAGCAGAAGAGAAGGCUCAAGACCCCAUCUCAGGUGGAAGCCUUGGAGAAUAUCUAUGCAGAGCACAAAUAUCCUUCUGAGCCCAUGAAAACUAAGCUUUCUCAAGAGUUGGGACUGUCUGAAAAGCAAGUUCAGCGCUGGUUUAGGCACAGGAGGCUCAAGGACAAGAAGGGUAAUACUAAUAAUAAUAAAAAGGAGGAUCCUGACAGCAAUGAGGAGCUUGAUGCUGGGAGUGGUAGUAACCCCCUACAGCAGCAGCAGCAACAACAAGCUGUUCGAAGGGAUUUUGGUCAUUUGCCAAAUCAGAGAUUGUCGGGAACAUCUGAUUAUCCAUCUGCUGUCCUUGGCGCAGAGAUGAAUGAUCAUGAUGUUCUCAAGAGGAGAAGCAGUCAGAUUGAUGUUAAUGGAGAAGAUACCCUCAGAGCAGGCAAUGUUUCGACAUCCCAGGACACCUCCUCAUUGCAGAGCAGGAGCUCUUUUGAAAUGGAGGCUUUGAGAAAUAGGAAUUAUGUAGAAAUCAGAGGCAAUAAUAGCAAGAAGAGCAAAGGUCAAGUUAUGCACAGGGGUAUGGAGCAUUCGUAUACCCCUCAGCUCUUUUUGAUGGCAUCCCAGGAGCAAACUGCUGCCAGUGUUUUGAAACAGUGCAGUGGAAACAAUGGCUUCAAAGGACUUGGUGGAAGCAAUAUUAUGCAGACAAAGAAUAGGAAUCAUGUUAAGGAUAAAGAGGAGUCUAAUAGGUUUUCAAGUAGUCAUGAUUACCCAUCUGCAGUCCUUGCUGCAGAGCUUACUGAUAGGGAGCUUCUAAAAGGUAGUCAUGAAGUCACGGAAGACCCUUAUGUGUCAGUAUCACAAGAGAGAUCUUCAUUACAGAGUGGGAGCUCUUUUGAAAUAGAAGCAAGGAGAUCAACAUUCAAGGGUACGAACCCUUUUGAAAUUGAAGCACGGUCUAGGAGGAGAGAUAUUGAAGGCUUGCAAACUGCAGUUGAUCAGUUAUACGGGCACCGAUAUAACGAACACCAAGCUAUAGUGGCAGUUAAAGCUCAACUGGGAAGAGCAUAUCAUGUAGAUGGACCAGUGCUGGGUAUUGAAUUUGAUCCACUUCCUUCAGGUGCCUUUGGCCUUAGGUAGUUCUUACCUUAUAUUCCCUUUUAUAACCUGUCUAGGCUCUAAACAAUUGCGGUGCUGAAAUUUCUGGAAGGAAAAUAAUCUGUUUGCCAAAAGCUACCUAAAUGUCUAGCUGAAUCAUUUCAAAUUCUCUUUAUAUGCUGCAAUUUUGCUCCCCAUUCUUACUUGUUUGCAUGGUGAUGCUUAUGCAAGCAAGUCCAGGAUUAGUGCACCUUGUUGCCUCUGCAGACUUUACGUUUGCAGCAGUGUCUGCAAAAUUUAUUGUAUUAUUUAUUUUAGCAUCCUCUAUGAAUACAAGUUUGAUUGAUUCUAUCA